UUUGGACUGCGGGACGCCACAUAGAAAGGCUCCAGCCUUUAUAUUUCUUAUCAGUUUAUUCUCAGAUAACUGUAUCCGUGUGGGGUUGAAUUGCUCCUCCAACCACAGGUGGGAGUCUAACCAAACAGGUCCGUCCUCUCCGGAGCUGAGGCCCUCUUUACGGCUCUCCUCAGCUGAACCGAAACACAGGGGAGGGACUUUGACCAGCGCUAGUUAGCAACCAGCUAGCUGCUUUCUGUAUUAUUUUCUUAUUGUUUUUGUGCGCUGUUGCAUAUGCAGAGCGAUGUGGUUUAUUUAUUUACUGAGCUGGCUGUCGUUGGUGAUCCAGAUAUCCUUCGUCACGUUAGCGAUAGCUGCUGGCCUCUACUACCUGGCCGAACUAAUAGAAGAAUACACUGUAGCCACCAGUCGAAUAAUAAAGUACAUGAUACUGUUCUCUACAGGUGUGCUGGUAGGUCUGUAUGUUUUUGAAGGAUUUCCAAUAUUGAUGGUGGGAGUCGGCCUCUUCACGAACCUGGUGUAUUUUGGCCUCCUGCAGACCUUCCCCUACAUACUCCUGAGCUCCCCAAACUUCAUCCUCUCCUGUGUGUUGGUGGUGGUGAACCAUUACAUGGCCUUCCAGUACUUUGCACAAGAGUAUUACCCAUUCUCAGAGGUGCUGGCCUACUUCACCAUCUGCCUGUGGGUGAUCCCGUUUGCCUUCUUUGUGUCGCUGUCAGCAGGCGAGAAUGUUCUUCCAUCCACCAUACAGCAAGGAGAUGAUGUGGUUUCUAAUUACUUCACCAAGGGCAAACGGGGGAAGAGGUCUGGGAUCCUCCUUGUGUUCUCUUUCCUGAAGGAGGCAGUGCUGCCCAGCCGACAGAAAAUGUACUGAGGGGCUCGGACUCAGGAUGCAGCCUCGGGGGGUUGGUGGUGGAGUGUGAGUGUGAGUACGUGUUGGAGAUCAAGGGGAAGCAGGAAGGACACUGGAAAUUGUUUCUGGAUGGGACUAAAAUAAAGCACUGGCCAAAUGGAGAAGAAAAGCAGACAAAAAAAAAAAAAGGACGGACCAAUGAACAGAAAGGAGCUUCCUGCUGGCCGAGCCGACGAGAUUACCCGGGCCACGUCUGUUUGAGCUUGUCUUUCUGUCUGUACUGACUGCCAGCAACACCCGCCGGAGACCUCUUAGUGGGGAUCCUGUGUGUAGCGUGAUGCUUUCAUGUCAUGUUGGACUCCAUUUUUUUUUUUUAAAGCUUUAGUAAUAACUCUAUGUGCGGGGUUUGAAAAUAACAACCACAGAUAAAUAAUUGUUUUGUUUUUUUUCUGUUAUUUUUGCGUCAAAGGCCUCACACUUUCAUCUGAGUCAAUACACAAAAGUAGCAUUACAGAUAAACUAUGGCAGGUAAAAUUCUGAUGAGGAGAAUUUCUUAGACAUGAGACAGAUUAGAGGUACUUUAUGACUAAUUCCUGCAGGGCAAGCUUCGGUUUUGAUUUAAAAAGAUGGCAUAUCAGUUGAAGAAAAGAUGCUACAGGUCACCAGACAAGCAUUUUAAUUAGAUUACUUGACAUGAAGACGGACAAACUGUGAAGUCCUGCUCUGUUUACAACGUAUGGCAUGGUGUAAACAAUGUGUCACCUUCCACAUCAUAUCUCUAAAAAAUGAUUAAGUAAAAGCACUAAAGGAUUAGUUUGAAAGCAGGCAUCUUUCCUAUGUUGGAUCAUCAGUAUUUGGCCACAGAAUCAGUUAGAUUUAUUCUGCUUUUACAAAUUCAUCAAUUAACAGCAUUGUAGUGUUUUUUUUUUUUUUUUCCUUUUUCUUUUGGACUGUUUGUAAGAAUUCAUAGUAAUUUUUCUAUAUUGAUUGAAGAGAAAACCCAACAUCAAAGGCAAAUGUGAACAAUGUAAAGAUCAAACCUGUGCAAUGACUUUAUUUUAUUGCUGUUGGGGACGAUAGCUGCUCAGUGUGGUAUCAGGAGAGAAACAUUAAUAAGGCCAAAAUUCCUUUUAUCACUUACCCAGUGUGAGUCAUCACAGGCUGAUAUGCACACAGCUGUGUAAUUAAAGGUUUUGUUCAAAUAACUUUGGAUUAAAUGGUUAUUUUUACAGGCUGAAAUAAAGGC